AUGGGUUGCCUUUUUGUGCAAGAUGAUGCACUGGAUAGAGGACCAGAUUCUUGUUGCAACGUGAGCAAAAGGCUUGUACGAUGUAACUCAAUGAACUCCAUUACGAGGGAUAUGGGCGGUGAAGUUCUCACUUUGAGGUCAACUGGAGCAUAUAAGGCAGCAUCUCGAUUAGCAAGUGCUACUCCUCCUCCUGCUCACGUGCUUAGUCGUGGAAUUGGCUGGCAGGGCGUUGGGAUUCUAUUAGAUGGACUAUUCGGGACAGUUACUGGAUCUACCGUUUCUGUAGAAAAUAUUGGUCUUCUUGGAAGCACUCGUGUUGGCAGCCGCAGGGUAAUCCAAAUUUCUGCUGGAUUCAUGAUCUUCUUCUCAAUGUUAGGAAAAUUUGGAGCAUUGUUUGCAUCAAUACCCUUCACAAUCUUUGCAGCUGUAUAUUGUGUUAUGUUUGGUCUUGUCGCUUCUGUAGGGUUGUCGUUCUUGCAAUUCACAAACAUGAACUCGUUGAGAAACCUCUUUAUUACUGGUGUUUCCCUCUUCCUAGGCUUAUCUAUCCCAGAGUAUUUCAGGGAAUAUACUACCGCCGCUCUUCAUGGUCCUGCACACACAAAUGCUGGAUGGUUCAACGAUUUCCUAAACACCAUCUUCUUAUCAUCUCCGACUGUUGCCCUACUUGUUGCUGUAUUCCUGGACAACACGCUUGACAUUAAAGGCAGUGCUAGAGAUCGGGGAAUGCCAUGGUGGGCCAAGUUCAGAACAUUCAAGGGAGAUAGUCGGAAUGAAGAGUUUUACACUCUUCCGUUCAAUCUCAACCGAUUUUUUCCUCCAUCAUGAUACAUUAUUAUUGAGGCGAAGACAAAAUCAUAAGCUGAAAAAGGAUUAUGCUCAAUUGUUGCUUAUUGCUAUGAUUAUAGAGCUUGUGAGUGUGUGUUUCGACUCGCCCAUGAAUCGACGGAUUAGCCUCUUCUGUCAAUAUUUUUUGAUUUAUUCAAUCAAUCUGGCUUGGGUUAUUCAAGUUUAA